GAGUGCUUUUUUUUCACAGUCUAUUGUAAGCAAUCAGAGAAGCAAAUAGAAGGCUGCAGUUGAGACGCACAGACAGGCACUCCUCUCCAGAAGGCUGAGUGAGUGCAAUGUUCAUUCCACUGACAGUCACAGAGCAGCCAAACAUCCAGGAAGACGGGGCAUUUUCUCACAGGACUAACAGAUACAAGCACCACCAGCAGGGCCUCUGAAGCCCACUCUCUACAAGCCCAGUAUGACUGCUCCUGGACUCAGACUCAGCCUCUAGCCCGCUAUAAGGACCUGUGAAUGGAAAGAACCACUGGCUACCCUCCUGCUAUCCUGUUAUCUAGACACUCACACCUCGUGUUUCUACACACCCCCUGAAGAGGACUCAGGCUACAGGUGGUUGGUUGUUUUUGAGCUGCUCUCGUUUGGCUUCUCCAUUUGGCGGUGGGUUUGAGGCAUUUUUAGAGCCAUGAUGAUGCUCCCUUUUGUUGUGGGGAGUUUGGUUUGGGUGCUACUGGGCUCUGGAUGGGCUCAGGUUCAGGAUCAGACUCAGGCUUCCACCCCCUGGAGACAGAUGAUACAGUGGGAGAACAACGGCCGGAGGUUCAGCUUGCUCAACAGUGGGGCAGAGUACGUACCUGCCGGAUCUCAGGACCAAGAGAGAAGUCACCGGGUGGUGGUGGCAGACUCUCGUUCCCGUACCCCUCGCAGACCACAGGGAGGGAACGUACGCAGGCAGGCCCCCUCCAGAGGUGGAUCAGAGACCGUAAGGGGACAGACCAGACAUCCCUUUGGCUUCGGGCAGGUGCCUGACAACUGGCGACAGGGCUCGGUGGGGACAGGCUCCACCAGCACCCGCUUCAGGCCAUCCACGGGGUCGUCUUCAUCGUCCUCAUCGUCUUCAUCCUUCUCAUCAAGCUACAACAUCCCCGUCCAACCCUACCCGCAGUUUCCUUUCCCUCAGCAGCCCUCCUACCAGUUACCCUAUGACCCCAGUGUGGUUGAGGGAGCAGGUCGGGGCUACGCAGAACCACCCUUCCAGAGAGCCACAGGCGGAGGCUACAGUGCUGGUGCUGGAGGAUAUGUCGGUGGCGGCGGGGGAUAUGCUGGAGUCAGUUAUGGAGCCGGUGCUGGCCUGGCACCUGUGGUUCCGCGCUCCCCCCAGGACUAUGGCGAGGACGGCUAUCGUUACUACCCGCCCUAUGGCUACGGGCCCAACCCUGGUGCCCCUGUCCAACCAGCUGUGCCAGCCCGGGCUGCCCAGCCACCCUUCUCAGACGGCCUGGACCGCAGAUACACACACAGUCUGUACAAUGGAGGAGAGGACUCCGCUGCCGCCGCAGACACUGCGCCCGCUGCCCAGGACAGGACAGGAGCCGUGGCUCAGGCUCCAGUGCGAAGCCCCCAGUACGAGCAGUUCCCUCCGUUUGGAAGACCCCAGGUUCAGCCACAACCUGCGGCGCCAGUGAGAAACCCCAACACAGCAGUGGAGAACCCCAGUGUGAAUGUCGGAAGUGUCUACCGGCCAGAACAGAGAGGUUUGCCAGACCUGGUUCCUGAUCCAAACUAUGUGCAGGCAUCCACGUACAUCCAGAGGGCUCACAUGUACUCUCUCCGCUGUGCUGCAGAGGAGAAAUGCUUGGCAAGCACUGCCUACAGCGCUGAGACUACAGACUAUGACGUCAGAGUAUUGCUUCGAUUCCCACAGAGGGUUAAGAACCAGGGGACAGCCGACUUCCUGCCCAACCGACCCCGACACACCUGGGAGUGGCAUAGCUGCCAUCAACACUACCACAGCAUGGAUGAGUUCAGCCACUAUGACCUGUUGGAGGUCACUACAGGAAGGAAGGUGGCGGAGGGACACAAGGCCAGCUUCUGUCUUGAGGACACCACCUGUGACUUUGGCCACCUGAAGCGUUACGCCUGCACAUCUCACACUCAGGGCCUGAGUCCGGGAUGCUACGAUACGUACAACGCUGAUAUUGAUUGCCAGUGGAUUGAUAUAACAGACAUCCAACCUGGGAACUACAUACUAAAGCUCCAGGUCAACCCAAAAUACCUUAUCUUGGAGUCUGACUUCACCAACAAUGUGGUGAGGUGUAAUAUCCACUACACAGGACGUUUUGUCACAACAAACAACUGCAAGAUAUCACAGUCCUGAGUGGAUGUGUAAAGCCUGCACUGCCAGGGUGAGUCCUUCAGGGGAGUGCUGUUCCAUUUAAAUGUGAAUGGAACUGUUUUUGUUGUUGUCGAUGUAGUUAUUGUUCUAUUUGUUUUUUAGUUUUUGUUCCCUGGACCCGUAGUGAACCAGGGUUCCAGUGGCACUGAAGAGAACAUGUUUUUUUUACACAAGCACAAACACUGAAAAUAAAAUAGAACUCAACACUCCAGUCUGCCUCCUGCAGCCUCGCUGGCUGUCCCUUCUAUAUCAUCCAGAACUUUCUCUCCAUCCCCACUGCUCUUAUUCCUGUUCCGCUUGUGUACACAAAAUCCUAAACAUCUGGGACAUUGUAAAUCCAUUGCUCACUGUAACCCUCUGUGUAUUGUGAAUAGUAGCUCAGUUUGGUUUUAAAGAAGGUGUGAAAUGGAGUUGGUCCUGAAAUUUGUGGUCCCAGACAAGUUAGGGAGCAGACACAAUCCAACAAAAAGUGUGGAGAAGUGUUUGUGCGUGCAUUCAUCCAUGCUGUCUGGUUGGAAGGCAUGGCAGCCCAGCCAAUGACUCAGAGUGACCAUUAAAGAGUGGUUUCCUCCUCCUCUUCAUGCCAGUUUGAAAAUAUUUAGAUUCUAAGCACAUCUACACAGUGUUAUCCAGUGACUAGAGAGAGUAGAGAAGCUAGGUCUUGUUUGUUUGCAUGUGCUAGUCUCAAAGCAGUUACUCAACAUAAAGAGGCCGUCGGAACCCAAAGCUUUACUUCUUCUAAAAUCUCCUCAAAGUCAGCUUUUAUUCUUGUCCUUCAUUUUCUUAUUUGUCUUAAAAGCAAACGUAAAGCUUAGCUGGCAGAACUGCCAUUUAUUUUCAAAUAUAUGCUUUCCAGAGAGCAAGACAUUCACAGUGUAGACCAUUUGUUUACAUUGGAUCUGUGUUUCUUUUUCAACUGGCAACACUGGUCAGAUGCCAAUUAGGUUAUCUGGAGCUUUUUAAGAGGAAU